AUGGGUCCAGCAAAACGGUAUAGGAACCCGUUCACUGCGGAAGAUGAUCAAAUUCUAUACGAUUGGAUGGAAAGAUACAAACUGGCUGGUGGGGCAGUUUCUGGAAAUAAGAUAUAUCAACAAUUAGAACAACAGCAUCCGAACCAUACAUGGCAAGCAUGGCGUGACCGAUAUAUAAAAAAGGUUAGUUACCUUCCACGGCCGGGACCAUUCACCAAAGCGGACAGAGAUGUCCUGCUUGAAAAUGCGGAAGAUAUCUUGGAAGUUUCGCCAGAUGCAGAAGGAAGCACAAUAGAUAGUAGGCAAAGAAACGGAAGAGACAGUGGCGCACAGAUCCCUCAAGCAAAGAGAAGGCGUACCUUACCCGACUGCUUCGUCUCCAGUGAUGUCAACCAUACAGGUGCAGAUCGCAGGAAGGACAGCAGCCUAGAAUUAGAGUCCACCCUAUCUCGCGGCUUCUCUAUAGGGUUCUCUAAAUCACCAGUUACAUUCAGGGGAGAGUCACAUAGGCAGCACAUGAACACCAAGCAACAAGGAAUACCCCCUCAAAGAGUCGUCCAAAAUCCAAGGCAAAGCCCGCAUUUAGUCGCGGAAGGUACACAGAACAUCAACGUCGGACAAUAUAAUGUCGAAGAUGAAGCCGAAAUGGUUGCAGAAUGGAUUAGAUCUCGAGUAUCACGCAGCCGGGGUGUGUUAUCUGAAGAACAAGUUAAAAUGGCUCUCCGCUGUACAUCCCUGGAUCGUAUUCUUGCUGAUGAAGUGCUCAAAUAUUUUCAAGCUGGGAAGGGUAUUCCGCUCGACAUGAAAGGGGUAUGGAGUGAAGAGGACGAUGCUGCACUUCAAGGGGUAGAUCCCCGAGACAUCGCGCGCAUUGAACAGAAGCAUGGCAGAGAAGAAUUUGAUGUUCGAUUUGAAUACCUGACGGAUUUGAGUGAAGCACUUUAUGGAGAACGGCAUUGGACAAAUCAAGCAUAUCAAGCAUAUACAACCUCACGAGAUAGUUAA